AUGCAGCCUUCGACAGUGACGAAAGAACCCUCAAAUCCUUCUAGUUUUGUAUCCGAAUUGGGUUCUUCUGCGUUUAAUAAUUCGAGGCUCAAUCGAGAUGGGAACUCAGCAUUUUUAACGAACUACUUGUAUUUUGAUGCAAAAAGGGAGCCAAAGGCUUCGGCUUCAUUGAAUUUGAGCACCAAAGGUUCUGCCUUUAGGUUUAGAAGAGCGUUGAAUCAGUUUAACAGAGCUAUUAAGUUCCAUUGUGAGAGAAUUCCACUUGGUUUUGCUGAGUCUCGGGUUAAUUCUGAGGAGAAUAAUGGGUUUAGAAACGAUGGGAAUGGGGUGUUGGAGAAUUCGGAGGAAGCGCCGGUUAGUGGUGAUUCUAAAUGUCCUAAGAAGGUUUUGAUUUUGAUGAGCGAUACAGGUGGGGGUCACAGGGCUUCAGCCGAGGCCAUCAAGGCUGCUUUUCGUGAAGAGUAUGGAGAUGAUUAUCAGGUGUUUGUUACUGAUUUAUGGACGGAUCAUACGCCAUGGCCAUUUAACCAACUGCCGAAAAGUUAUAACUUCCUUGUUAAACAUGGAACUCUGUGGAAGAUGACAUAUUAUGCUUCUGCACCACGUGUGAUUCAUCAAUCCAAUUUUGCUGCCACAUCAACUUUUAUCGCUCGAGAUGUUGCUAGAGGAUUGAUGAAAUACCGGCCAGACAUUAUUAUCAGUGUCCAUCCUUUGAUGCAACACGUUCCACUUCGUAUCUUGAGGGCUAAGGGUCUCUUGAAGAAGAUAGUUUUUACCACAGUGGUAACAGACUUGUCUACUUGUCAUCCUACAUGGUUUCAUAAGCUUGUAACAAGAUGCUAUAGCCCUUCAGAAGAGGUAGCAAAACGAGCACUAAGGGCUGGUCUUCAGCCUUCUCAAAUUAAAGUUUAUGGCCUUCCUGUACGGCCUUCCUUUGUGAAGCCUGUUCGUCCCAAGAAUGCAUUGAGGAAGGAAAUGGGAAUGGAUGAUUACCUCCCUGCUGUUUUACUAAUGGGUGGUGGAGAAGGCAUGGGUCCCAUUGAGGCUACUGCAAGAGCACUCGGUGAUGCAUUGUACGAUGAGGCUCACAAGAAACCAAUUGGUCAGGUUCUUGUGAUUUGUGGCCGCAAUAAAAAACUUGCCAACAAACUGCAAUCUGUCAACUGGAAGAUUCCCGUACAGGUGAAGGGGUUUGUCACAAGAAUGGAGGAUAGCAUGGGUGCUUGCGAUUGCAUUAUCACUAAGGCUGGUCCAGGAACUAUUGCGGAAGCAAUGAUUCGAGGACUCCCUAUAAUUAUAAAUGAUUACAUUGCUGGUCAGGAAGCUGGAAACGUGCCAUAUGUCGUCCAAAAUGGAUGCGGGAAAUUUUCAAAGUCUCCAAAAGAGAUAGCUAAUAUUGUUUUUCAAUGGUUUGGUCCAAAACAAGACGAGCUCAAAGCCAUAUCGCAAAAUGCAACGAGGCUUUCAAGGCCCGAUGCUGUAUUUAGGAUUGUCCAUGAUCUUCAUGAAUUGCUCAGAAACAGAAACUAUGUACCCCCACAGUACUGUGCAGCUUGA